AUGUCAGAUAAAACGUCUUCGUCUGUUGGACCGAGGAGUUUCGAGACGAUCUCCGAGGAGGAUGGUGAAUCGCCCUGGGAUAAACUAUUAGGUGAUGUGAAGGCUGCUGUACCGACGAUAAUAACGACCAACCCGUCGACCGCGACGAUGUCCCCAAGUGGGGAUGUGUCUCCGCCCCGUGUGGACGUCGAGUCGGCCCUGACGCGGUCCAAAAGCCUUAACCAGCGCAGAAACAGCAGCGGUCUUCUCGCCACAUUCCCGAAACAGCUCAGACUGUCUCUCCGCGGUGUGCGCAGUGAACCUUCGAGUGUCAAAGACGCGCCAACCAGUAGAAACGAAAGUGCCCUAAAUCUGUUACUCAAAUACCGCCAAGCCAGAUACGCAGCGAGACGCGUGAGAAAGCGCGUUAUUUUUAAGCACGGAGAUUGUAAUGUAGUCCAAUGGAACGUGGCUAAGCGCAGGCGCCGAUACCUUCAGGAUAUUUUCACAACCCUUGUGGACGCACAGUGGCGUUGGACGUUGCUCGUGUUCGCUCUAUCCUUCAUCCUCUCCUGGCUCCUGUUUGCUCUCAUCUGGUGGCUCAUAAUCUUCACCCACGGCGACUUGAAUCCUUCCACUAACUCCAAUGAAACCUUUAUUCCCUGUCUCAAUAAUGUCAACUCCUUUACUGGUUGCUUCCUAUUCUCUGUAGAAACACAACACACUAUUGGUUAUGGCUCCAGGACAACAAAUGAAGAAUGCCCCGAAGCGAUUUUUGUUAUGUGUCUUCAAAGCAUUGUCGGUGUUUUCAUUCAAGCUUUUAUGGUCGGCAUCGUAUUUGCCAAACUCUCUAGACCUAAAAAACGAGCCCAAACUUUAUUGUACUCCCGCAACGCUGUCAUUUGCCUACGAGAGGGUCAACUGUCUCUGAUGUUUCGUGUUGGAGAUAUGAGGAAAUCUCAUAUAGUUGAGGCACAUAUAAGAGCUCAGAUUAUUCGCCGCAAGGUGGGUCUAAUAUUCGCAAAGCUGGCUCGAGCCAAAAAGCGUAACACUACACUUCUGUUCUCGAGGAACGCGGUAAUUUGCCUGAGAGAUGGCGAGUUCUAUCUGCUUUUUCGGGUCGGAGACAUACGCAAAUCUCAUAUUUUGGAAGCGCAUGUUCGUGCUCAAAUUAUUAGAAAAAAGAUUACCAGAGAAGGGGAAUUAUUACCAUUCUAUCAACAAGAGUUAAAAGUGGGAGCUGACGGGGAAGAAGACAGAUUAAUGUUCAUUUGGCCCAUGACGAUAGUUCACAAGAUCAAUGAAAAGUCACCGCUAUACAACCUUUCCGCCUCAGAUAUGUUAAGAGAGAGAUUCGAAAUUGUAGUUAUGUUAGAGGGUGUCAUCGAAUCAACUGGUAUGACAACGCAAGCAAGGAGUAGCUUUUUACCAUCUGAAAUUUUGUGGGGACAUCGAUUUGAAACAAUGGUAUCUUUUAGAAAGGAUACUGGUGAAUAUGAGGUGGACUACACGCGCUUCAACAACACAUAUGAAGUGGACACGCCGCUCUGUUCCGCGAAACAACUCGACGAGCUCCGAGCAACCGUCUCCACUUCACAGAAAUUAGAUCGUAUGCUCGGCACCAUUCCGAAAACCUUCUCCAACGACACCUUAGACAUGAGCUCCGUCGAUUCCAUGUCUCUAGACGAGCACAUAGAAAUAAAGAUUCCAGAGUCAAGGGCAAAGGAAAACAGACUCAUGGCACAAAACAACUUUGUCCAACACAUCAACGAGAAGUCCAGAAAUGCAAGUCACACACAUUUAGCAGUCGAAAAUGAUUUGCAGAAAAUUAAUUCCGCUGCAGCCAUGACGGAGAGAGAUGGUCAUAUUCAUAGGAGUCAUAGCCACGCUAGCAUGAAGAGGUUACAUGGUCCAACGCUUAAUGGCGUCGCGCAUAUGGCGAAUGGCCAUGAUCAUAGGGAACAUAAUAGAAUCAAAAAAUCACCAAGUGACAACCAUAUAACCGAUAAAGCUUCAGUAAUCCCAAUUCUGGUGACGUCACCGGCGCCGGAGCCUGCUUGA